UUGGCCGAGCCGGGGGAAUUUAUCUCGAGUCCUCUGACAGCCCAGCUCCCUUCCCGGCAUGCCCUGCUCGCAGGGAGCCGCCCGGAGUCCCGCGCCCGGACUUUGCCAUCAGCUGGGGGCCCGGCGCGGGAGCGCCACCCGGGAUGCGUCCUGGAGCUGCCGCCUGAGGCUGCUCUGCCCUGUGUUUUCUCCAGCUUGAGUCCACACGGGGAUGUGACCAGGGCUGAGGUAGGCACCCAGAAGCAUGGAGACUGUGGUGAUCGUUGCCAUAGGCGUGCUAGCUACCAUUUUCCUGGCCUCGUUUGCAGCCUUAGUGGUGGUUUGCAGGCACCGCUAUUGCCGGCCCCGAGACCUGCUGCAGCGCUAUGACUCCAAGCCCAUUGUGGACCUCAUCGGCGCCAUGGAGACUCAGUCCGAGCCCUCUGAGUUAGAGCUGGAUGAUGUCGUCAUCACCAACCCUCACAUCGAGGCCAUCCUGGAGAACGAAGACUGGAUCGAAGAUGCCUCGGGUCUCAUGUCCCACUGCAUUGCCAUCUUGAAGAUUUGUCACACUCUGACCGAAAAACUUGUUGCCAUGACAAUGGGCUCAGGAGCCAAGAUGAAGACUUCAGCCAGUGUCAGCGACAUCAUCGUGGUGGCCAAGCGGAUCAGCCCCAGAGUGGACGAUGUUGUGAAAUCUAUGUACCCUCCGCUGGACCCGAAACUCUUGGAUGCACGGACGACUGCCCUGCUUCUGUCUGUCAGUCAUCUGGUGCUGGUGACCAGGAAUGCCUGCCACCUGACGGGGGGCCUGGAUUGGAUCGAUCAGUCACUGUCAGCCGCUGAGGAGCAUUUGGAAGUCCUCCGAGAAGCAGCCCUGGCCUCUGAGCCGGAUAAAGGCCUCCCAGGCCCUGAGGGCUUCCUGCAGGAGCAGUCAGCCAUUUAGCGUCUGCUGGCCAGCAGCUGACCAUAAAAGCCAGCCUGCUGCUAUCCCUGGGUGGCUCAGCUGAGCCUCUCCGUCUUCCGUGUAGAGUUAGUUUUUCUUCACCGCCCUGAGGUACAGCUGUGUGUGCAUGGAAAAGCAGGGCAGCCCUGUCAUUUGAUGCCUCUGUUGCAAUUACAGUGGGUGGCUGGUGAGUGGCAGUCUAAUACCACAGUUAGGGGAGAUGACAUCCACCAUCAGUACAGCAGAGCGGCAAAAACUGGGGGUCUGUAAGCUUUAUUUAACUCUCCUAGUGUUUUCAAGAAAAUUGAGCCAACAUCUAAGAAUCAGGAGGUUUCACAUUAAAAUCAGAAUUUCUGGUUUCUCUUGAACAAUCAAGUGUACCAGCUCUCAUCUCUGCGUUCCCAAAAGGGACAAUCAGUUGUAACUAAAUAAGAGUUGCCUCUUUUGACAUGGCUUGUACUCUCUCACCUGGCCUGUUUUGUUCAUUUGUAUUAUCUGCCGUGUUCUUGAGGAAUCUGAGUCUCUCCUCCCCCUUCCAGCUUGAGUUUGAGGUGCGCACUGCAGAGUUGAUUAUUUCCUUUUAAUCACUAUGCCUGCAAUUUGACCUAGCUACCACUAGGUGGAUAGUAAACUUAUACCUAGGUUUUCCUCAAGUGUGUGGUUAUUGAGUCAAAUCAAAUGCAGAGUGUAUGGUGGGAUAUUUUUGUCUGAGAACUGUGGAUGGAAGGAGAAAGCCUAAGGACCCUGAGGAUGGUUUGUAUAUAGAGACCCUUAGAAUUCAGGCAGAAGUGAAAAUACCACCAUAAAGUACUUCUCACAUUAGCAAUGAUACCCAUGAAGGAUGUGUUCCCAUUUCUUCUGAUAUCUGCUUGCUUUGCAAAUAUUGAAAGAUGAUGGGGUGCUUUUAUGAGUUGAGACCUUUGAGGAAUCCAGAAUUACAAUCUCAUAAUCCUGAGGACUUGUUUUUAAGUGUGCGGGGAAGUCUGAAGGACUUUGCUUCUCAGUUCUCAAAGGCAACCUCUUUGAAGAGGGCUCUGGCUUGAGACCUGCCCUGGUUGAUAUCAUUUGCUGCUAAGUAUGUUUGGAGCUGCAUACCUCUUCCUUCGUUUUCUCUGCCCCAAGUCAAGUCAACAGAUUCCUCAGCCUGAUUCUAGGAAACCAGGAGCUAUAUUCCCAAAUCCAAGACUGGGUUCUUGCUUGUCUGUUGGGCAAUUUCAUUCUCUCCUGGUAAAUGGAUUGGUUCUAACCAGCGUAAUGUAUACCAGACCCCACCUGGAGAGAGGGAAACUGGAGCUCAGCUCAUAGGGAUGGAUUCCUGAUUGCAGGAGACCCUUUAUAGAAUUGUCCAUUCCCGUCAACCUUGAACAUGUGUUAUUUAAGUAGUUAACUUUUCUGUUCUUCCAGCAAGCUAUGAAGUGUCCAUGAAGUCACAGACUUUUCUGUUUGUGCUUUCCAAAUCCACUUCAGACAUCCACUGCCUUCCUGUUUUUGUGUUUUUUUUUUUUUCUCCCUUUCAAAAUCUGCUUUCACAACUGGCCCGGAAACUAAUUCAUGGUAAGGUUGCAAUGACUGCCAUGGCUGCAGAUGUUCCCUGCAUUUUCCCCUGGACCAGAACCUUAGGCCGAAGGGGAGCAGCUCUGAGUUGUCAUCUCAGACACCAUCCACCAGGUAUGGGGGUUGGGGCUAGAGGUCAGCACACUUGAAAUGAUGCACACUGUCCUUUGCCUUUUCUGAGCCCUGGUAAAUACUGGCACACCUGCUUCCUGAAGGCCAAAGAUGCUGCCCUUCCAAUUGUAAGGAGAGGUUCCUGAAGACCUUGGAGGUGCCUGCUAGACUAUAGGAUUUUAAUGAGUCACCGCCACUGUGGUGCCCCCCCCUUUUUUUUCUUCGGUGGUGGAUAAAUAAGGAGCCUCUGAGUAAAGUUGGUGUUGGUGGCUGAGAGGGGAGCAUUCUUUGGGGGAGGACACAAUCCUACUCCCCCAGACCCUUUGGGAGUUCAUACCUCCCUAGGGAGGGACUAGAUGAACAGCACUGGGGAUUCCAGCAUUGUCUCUUAUGCCAGGUGCAGAUUCCUAGAGGGUGGACACGCCCAAGUCCUUGGUUACUAGUGCUGCCUAUUUGGUGGUAGAUCUUUCCUUCUGUGUCUCCUACCCCCUUCUGCCCCAGAGUGGGAGCAUCAUCAGACUCAAAUUCUGAAUGAAAAAGGAAUUACUCAGGAAUAGGAAUUAAGUGUGAAAAGAGCAAAAUCUUUGAAAUCAGACAGAAUCAAGUCCAAGUUUGGGCUCCAUCAUUUACUGUGUGAGCUUAGACAAGUUACUUGACCUCUCUGAUCCUUAGCUUUCUCAUGUGUAAAAUUGAAACUACUGCUCACUGGGUUGGUAUUUCAGUAAGAUGAAAGGGUGUAUGGGAAAUGCCCAAUUGCACACCUGUUUCUGAUUAGCUGGAUUGGAGCCCUGGUGGUGUAGUGGCUAAGAGCUCGGCUGCCAAUCAAAGGGUUGGCAGUUCAAAUCCACCAGCCACUCCUUGGAAACCCUAUGGGGUAGUUCUGCUCAUUCCUGUAGAGUUGCUAUGUGUUGGAAUCCACUUGACAGCGAUGAGUUUUGUUUUGUUUUUGAUCCUUCCUUCUCUCCCCAUAGCCCCAAGCCCCAAUAAAGCUAGUCUAGCUGGCAUUAUCUCAGUUACAUGGCUCCGUCCACUCAGGGGCUUCCCUUCAUGGGUGCUGGAACAGAGUGGCCAAAACUCUGGAAUCACUGCUGUAGGGGAGUGGCCUAGACUUGUCCCUGAUCCACCCCAAGUGUGUUCACAACAGGAAGACAUCUGAAGCUCUUGGCCUCUUAUCAGUGUUCAAAGGGUUGAUUGCUCAACUUCACAUUCCGCCAGAGAAGGGCCCAGGGAACCUCCCACAGCUUGUAAAAUUUCCCAGAUGGAACUCAUGUUCCCGGCUUCCAGCUUACCCUGGAGAUUACCCUGACCUGCCUCAUUCUAGGAGUUCUCUUCAGAGACUCUUUUGACUCACAUGAGCCUGGUUUUUGGAAAAUAACUUACAGUUCAAAGCCACUGAGUUGCUCUAUGACCUUGCAAAUCUUGGGAAGGUAUCAAUGAUUUUUCACCCCUUUUCUCCCUCCCAUUCUGGCUCUCUCCAUCCCUCCCCGCGUCUCACAAAGGAGUGCUUACUCUGUGGGAGGUAUGGUGCUAGGUGCUGGGGGUAUGAAAUGAGAGGACGGCGGGAUAUAUAGCUACCACUUACUUUUUGUACCUCUGGGAUUCAUUGGGAAGCUGCUGUUCCACUGACUGUAUGUGCUGCCAGUAGGCAGGGCCCUAUAAUGGUUCGAAAAGGGAAAAAUAGGCAUAUGCCACAAAUUACUGUUUUUACAGGGUGCUGUAUGAGUGAGGCUGAAUCGCUGAAUUUUUGGUAGUAAAAACAUGAAUUUUGACAAUUUUUAUUUGGUACACAAAUAUACGUCUGGGCUUGGGGUAGAAUUUGUGUUUACCAGGGGUCCACACAUGUACCUCUGGACUCUGAGGGUAUGAUUUGUGGAAUGAGGCAUAAAACAAAAACCGUAUUAAAACAAAAACCGUAUUACUUACCAACAAUUCAGACGUACUCAAUGAUUCAGCAAGCCCCUCAUUCCUGAAAAAACAUAGUAUCAACAAAAAUUAAAAGGAAAAAACACUUGGGUCAUCAAAAGGUUGAGGAACAAGAGGGACAAAGGAAACAGAGAGGCAAAUGAGCGGCUCAUUGAACUACCACUGAGGCCAGCGAGGGUGAUGGAGGGACAAAUGAGGGAGAGGUGGGGGCACAGAGCAGGGAGGGGUAGGGGUAGGGUAGGGGCCAGAUGGUCAGAGGUGAAACUCGGGAGAAGCUAGGCCUGAGUGGAGCCUUGAAGAAGAGGGUCAGAGAGGCUAUCUGGGCAGAGAGGACAACAUGGGGAAGGAGCAGGCCAAGAGAGCAUGGCUCAUUUGGGAAAUGCAGGUGACUGGGGGCGGCUGAAGUAUGGGAUGUUAAGAGGGUAAGGUUGGACAGGUUGACAAGGCGUCAGAUCCUAGAGGAUCUUAUAGGUUAUCUUAGGGAGCUGGAGCUUCAUCCUGAGCACAACAGGAAACCAUGGGGUUUUUUAGCAGGAAAGUGACUUGGUCAGAUUUGUAAUUUAUAGAGACCUGUUUAUACCCUAUGACUUUAGCAUAAUUUUGCCUGAUGCUACUGAGUAUAUGUUUUUCUCCCUGAGUCUGAGAGGAUCCAGACUGAAUCAUGGUAUAAAACUGGGAUGGGCAACUGGUUAGGGAGGGAGGGACAGGGUGGGUGUCACAACAGGGAAUGCUGGAGGGAAGCAGUGUGGUUGUGCUGAUCUGCUUCUCCCCGCCCCCCCCCCACCAGGUAUUAGUUUUAUUAGUCUCUGUAUUCUUACAGAUAGUCUUUAAGUUCUAUAUAGUAACAAAAUUAAACAAAACAAAAAAUGUAGUAGCCCCUGUGUUCAAGGCGCUCAGGGUCUGGGAUAACAAGGAAACGGUUACAGUGCAUUCAAGACAGGCAAAGAGAUCAUUAUCCUAGAAAACUUUUUUUUUCCUCCUCUGUAAAUAAACUUUUAUUGUGUAUUUGAAUGUUA